CUAGUUUGUAAUUCAUCUUACCAAAUUCAAAUCACACCGAACAGCAGAGUCUGCUGCUGAUGGUUAGUUCUUCCGCUCGUCCUCCGCCCUACUGUUCAAAUCUCGAGCAGGGCUUAUCGGUGACCAGUAAUUAGGUCAUAACGGGGAUGGAUAAGCUCUCGAAUUCAUUUUCAGUACUCGAGUUAGACUCUGAAGAUUCUAAGGUGGAAAGUUCAGUUGGUAAUAAAGGAAUGAUGGGUAAAGGUUCAAAAAAUGAGGCCUUGCUUGAAAAUGGUAAUGGGGAUCAACAAACCGGUGAAACGGCCUCGGGAGAAUUUAAGAUGCCACUUGUCUGGAUUGACCUGGAAAUGACCGGUUUGAAUGUUGAAGUUGAUAGAAUUCUGGAGAUUGCUUGUGUGAUCACAGAUGGGAAUUUAACCAAGUCAAUUGAGGGACCCGUUUUGGUUAUUCAUCAAACAAAAGAGUGUCUUGAUGAGAUGGGAGAAUGGUGUCAAGAACAUCAUGCAGAAAGUGGUUUGACGAAGAGGGUUCUUGAAAGCGCAAUAAGUGAACAAGAAGCUGAAAAGCAGGUCAUCGAAUUUGUGAAGAGACAUGUGGGCUCAUAUAAACCUCACAUAGCGGGAAAUUCUAUUUACAUGGAUCUUCUAUUUUUAAAGAAGUACAUGCCAGAUUUGGCUGCUCUUUUCUCCCACGUCGUCGUUGAUGUCAGCAGUGUCAAUGCAUUGUGCCUACGUUGGUACCCAAGAGACAAGCGAAGGGCUCCAAAAAAGGAGAACAAACACAGAGCAAUGGAUGACAUCAAAGAAAGCAUAGCCGAGCUUAAGUUCUACAAGGAGCACAUAUUCAAACCCAAAACGAAAAAAUGAAAGAGAGGCUGCAUUUUGGGUUGCUAACUUGCAAACCUCCUGCUAGUCAUCUGGAAUCUGGAUGACCGUGUGCUUAGAAGAAGAAAAAAAAAAGGAAAAAUGUAUUUCAUGGUUCUUAUGGGUUGUAAUAUAUGUGGUCUGUAGUUUGGAUGUUGUGAAGUCUAGAAAACCAGCAUGUAACUAUUUCAAGUGAUCUGGUCAUGCUCUGGAUUGGCAUUUGGUUCAAUUUCUAGCUCAAUUUUAAUAUUUUAUCGAUCAUUUUAUUCCCGUAUUUACCCCGGAUGUCUAACUUCAUCAAUUUUUAGGGAUUUUAGUUUUAGCUAUGCUGG